AUGGAUGAAUAUAUAAUUAUCGGAAUCGACUUUGGCACCACAUACUCUGGUGUGGCAUGGGCAUACUCAAAUGAGCCCGAAGAUAUCGAGGUAGUAACUACAUGGGAGUCUGAGCUAAAUCAUUGUUCGGACCUCGAAAAGACACCAACUCAGCUUUCUUUCUGCAAAGGUGAUGACAAUAUCAAAUGGGGGUAUAACGUUCCUGCAAAUGGAGAAGUCCUUGAAUGGUUCAAAUUGCUUCUGCUCAAAGAGAAAGAUCUCCCCUUGGAUAUGCGCAACUCGCCUAAACUUAAUGAAGCCCGUCGCCUCCAAGAAGUAUCUAAUAAAGACGUCGUCGAUAUUGUAGCAUGUUUCCUGACCCAGCUUUGGAAGCACGCAUUGCGAUCAAUUGAGGAAGCGAACGGUGAAAACCUGCUUGAAAAGUGUCGUUUGUAUGUUGUCAUGACGCUACCUGCUAUAUGGCCUCACUAUGCUCAAGAAAGUAUGAGAAAGGCCGCCGAAAAAGCCGGCUUUCUUAGCAAGAGACACGCUGGCGAGACGAUUCUGAAGUUCGUCUCGGAGCCCGAAGCCGCGGCGUUGGCUACAAUUAAAGACCAUUCCAAGAAAUCUACUAUCCAGGUGAGUGAGAAUUCUUCUAGUAAGACAUUCAAGUCUUAA